AUGGCUUCCAUCUACCAACUUAACCAGCCUCCCAAUCCAUUUUGGGAUUUUUUCAACGGCAAUCUAGAGGGCCAUCCUUUCUUUGCUCCUAACGGCCACCGCGGACACCACGGACAUAACGGACGUCGUGGAUGGGAUAACCCCCAGCAGAGCGACAAUACUACCCGAGGUGCUCAAGUCGGUGAAACCACUGAGGCCAACGACAAUAUGGAGAAAGACGAAACGUCAGCAUCGGACUUUGAUUCUCCUGACAAUAACCACCACCGCCACAGCCACGGAAAGUGCAAGAACAAGGGCCAUGGAGGUACCGGUCACCACGGACCAGGUCCCUUCCGCGGCAAGGGCGGCAAGGGAAAACACGGUCAUGGUCAUGACUACCACCAAGGUGCCGGCGGCUUCGGGGACCCUGGGCGUGACGGACGGGGCAGACAUGGAUAUGGACACGGACACGGUCCCCAUCCUGGUCCAUACGGCUUCCCCGGCCACCACCAUAACGCCGGUCCUUUUGGUUUCGGGCCCCGUGGGUAUGGCAACCAUCACAAAGGAGGCCCCGGUGGUCGCAGCAGACACCACGGCGGACCUCCUUUCGGCAGUCCAUUCGACUUCCUGCGCCAGCUCAGUGCAGGACUUGGGUUCCCCAUGAACGAGCCUACCACAGAGGGUGCUGACUUCACGCCCUCCGUUGACGUCUUCGACACCCCCACAAAGUACAUUGUGCAUGUCUCACUUCCGGGGGCUAAGAAAAGCGAUCUCAGCAUUGACUAUGAUGCUGAUGAGUCUGUUCUGCAUCUGGCGGGUGUUGUUUACCGUCCCGGUGUCAAUGAGGAUAUGCACCAGGCUCUUGUCAUGGAAGAGCGGGGCCAGCACGUUGGUGUCUUUGAGCGCGAGGUCCGUCUUGGGACUCGUGUUGCCCCGGCUUUUGUUGUUGUUGAUGAGAUCUCGGCGAAGCUGGAGGAUGGUGUUUUGAAUGUUACUUUGCCGAAGAUUGUUCAGGAUCCUGAGGUUGGGAAGAAGAAGGUUAUUGUGGAGGAUGGUGAUUUGGAGAAUGAGAAGGAUGCCAUGGUCGUGGAUGAGAGGACUCUCACUCCGGUGGAGUCUGAAGCAAGCGAUGUUGAAGAUGGUGAGGCAAGAGAGUAUGCCAAGGUUCAUGUGCAGUGA